AUGGCAACACCAACACCACCUAAUCAAAUGGCAUUGGCAACACCAACACCAACAGCACCUAAUGAAAAUAAAACAAUAUCCCACGCCGUGUGCUGCGUCAUCAUACUCGCGGGUGUUUUAAUUUUUUUUGUAAUCUUUACCGUAGGUUUAAUCGCAGAGAAUAAAGAGAAGCACGACCUCCCGACUUUCAAAAUCGAGUCGGUCUCCCUAUCGACAACCAACAACAAGACGAAUAAUAUUAAUACAGCCGUGUGGGACCUCGGGUUUUCGGUCGAGAAGCUCCACGGCGCGAAAAUCGAGGAUUUCACCGUGUGGGCCCGAUGCAAGCCUUGGCUCGAGUGGUCGGGGAGAUUCACAGGGCCCUUGUACAUGGAAGACAAAGACUCAGGCCUCGGGAAUGUGAGCUUGGCAACGGUUUUAACGCCUCAACAAGCCGAGUCGAGGGUGCUCGAGUGUGGGGUCAUGUUCAUGGGUACCCAUUUGGGUUACCUGUUAUUCACGGCCUUGUGCAACAACGUCAACAUCCAGGCGGAGACUGCUGGCCGUUGGAUUAUGGUUGGAGAUGACUCGAGAUUGUGUCCAGCCCAGUUAAAGUAA